GCCAGCGUGUAAAGAUGGCGGAAUCCCAGAAUCAACCUCUCCUCGAAAAAAGUUCUGAAUCUACGACUGGAGAAGGCUCUGGUGAUGCAGUUGUUGAUAAACAGGAUGAUAAAGUACCCAGGAAAGAAGCUUCACCCGAACCAGUAUCACAACCAAAGCAAGCGAGCCGUGCAGUACCCGGAAGUGGACUUCAAAAGAUGUUUAUGAACCCUUUGCUGUCAGAUUUAGAAUCUAAAGUCAACGAAAACAACAAAAAACUUGAUGAAAUUGCAACCCGCAUAGAAGAAGAUCGGGAGCAAAGACGCAAAGAGAAGCUAACUGAACAUAUCCCAGGACCAUUGAAAGGAAGUGGUCAGAAGUUGGAGAUUAUAAUGCAGCAAGUCCAAGAUCUUAUAUUAUAUGAGAACUACACAGCUGAAGAAGAUCAAGACAGGAGCAAACUCAUUCCAGCUAAACUGAAAAAAUUAGACGACAACUCCGAAGUAGCAGUUCUAGCACACAGUGUCGCAGCUUACGUAUCAACAUUAGACCCCGCCCAUUUACGACAAUUCACCACAAGAAUAGUAUCUGAUACCACAUUAUGGACCUCUAGGUUAUUUAGAUUCCCGGAUUCUUCUGCUUAUUUUCAUGAAGAAGAACGGGAAGGAAUAGCCAAAAUUUGCCGUCUCGCCAUUCAUAAAAAGUUCCCGAAAUAUACAUCUGAUGGGUAUGAAGCUCUAUAUUCCCGACCUCCAGUUAUAUACAUCAGUUCUGCAUCCCGACCUGGGCUAUCACAGUAUUUAUGUAGUCAGCUUGGGCUUCCAGCAACUUGUAUAUGCACAGUCCCAUGUAAUACUGUCUUUGGAUCUCAACACAAAAUGGACAUUGCAGCUUUAGAAAAGUUAAUACAAGAUGAUGUCUCUGCUGCAAAAACACCCGUUUUAAUUUUAGGAUAUGCAGGUACCCCUGGGGUUGGCCAUGUAGACAACCUAGGAAGACUACAGUCAAUAGCUAAAGACAAUGAGAUCUGGCUUCAUGUAGAGGGGAACAAUCUUGCCACAUUGUGCCUAUUCUCAGUGCCAACAAGUGUAGCCUCAGCCAAGUCAGGGGAUAGCAUAACCAUCAACCUUGGCUCCUGGUUGGGACUACCUGCUGUACCUUGUGUUACAUUAUACAAGUCUCAAGACCCCACAUUGGCUCAUUCAGCUGGCAUGGUAACCUAUAAUCCCAGGAUCAAGCUGUCCAGUCUAUCGCUCUGGCUUUGUCUUCAGAAUUUGGGACAUGAUGGGGUUGUUGAUAAAAUAAAACAUUCCACUGGUCUGGCCAAGUAUAUUUAUGAAAAGAUUGAACCGAUGACCAACAUUGUACCUGUGGGUAACCCACCUAAACCACAGAAAGAGAUUAAAGGUCUAGGGGACUUAUUUGCAACUGCUAUACAAGCUUUAGUUAUAUUUGAGAUUGUAAACCCAACUGUUGUCUUCAAGUACAGUAAAGAUAGGACAAAACCAGAUGUCCAGAAAGCGCCAUAUGCAGUUAAUAAUGAUGCAGAAAUGACAGAGGAGGAAAAGAAACGAGCUGCUUUAGAUUCCUACUAUGAUGCCCUCAAUGUCUGGCUGGUAGAUGUGCUAAGGAGAGAAGUACCAAGUAUCCACAUCACCCCACUGGAGUUGGAGAAUGAUGGGAUAUGUAUUAGGUUUGCUCCUUUGGAGACUGCUAACACUAAUGACACAACACUAGAAGAUGCAAGCAACUUUGUAGAUUCUCUCACAAAACAACUUGCAAUAUUAGAUGCAACUGUCCAACAAAGAGUGACAUUCCAAGAACUUGUAGAGGGCCAAGAUAAUCUAAUACUUAUUGAUCUUCCUAACUGGGCGGGCUUAGGUGCAGUGCAAUACAUUCCAGAGAGUAUGGUAGGAAAGGUUGACAUAGGAGAAAUGGACCUCCUAGAGAUUAAUAAAUUAAAUACAGAACUGGUUCAACAGCUUAAAUCAUGUGAUACAGCCUUCUCAUUAGGCAAAACGGAGGAGGGGACUAUGUGUGUGAGGUUUGGGCUUAUAACUGAGGAAACUGAUACUGAGGAGUUAGUGGGAUUAGUCUAUACUACUGGCAAAGAGGUGGAGGAGUCAUCUAGGUUCCUGGAGACUAUGGCAGAAGUUGUCAGACAAGGAAUAGAAGCAGCAAAUAAAGAUCUAGAGGCAGAAAACCUAGAAAAACUCGCACAAGAGGGAGCCUUGAGACAACUACCUGUUGUUGGAUCCUUCAUGAACUGGUUGUCUCCUCCAGCCAAAGAACCAACUAUAAAAGGACGAACAUUCAACUUAGCAUCUGGUACUGUUGCAAGCACAGAAGAGACAUAUAAAUACCACAUGCAGGUGCAAGAAUCAAAUAGUGAGCCUCAGUCACCAAAGAUACAAACGCCCCUGAAAGCAAACCUGAAACCCCCUAAGAAGCGUAGUUUGUCAAGUUCUUCCACAGUAUCAAGUAGUUCUGUAGUUGUCAAUGGCAUACCAGAGUCAGAGGAGGGUUCAGUUGAACAAAAUCAGGUCAGCCAGGAUAAGCAAGUGCUUGAAAAUGAUGGCCAGGAUGAUACUAGCGCGCAAGAAGCAGUUGAACAAACGACAGAAGAUCUGAAAUAGAGGGCAGCACCACGUUGUGUCAUAUAUAAAAGAAAUACAUGUAUAAACAGAGAUUCCAUGGAAACUUUGUCGACCAAAUAUGGAUGUAUGUAUCCAUGUUGUCCCAUGGAGCUAGGCAUUUGAAUUCUGCACAGCUAAGUGAAAACAACAAAAGUAGUAUUCUGUUCAUCUGCUUAAAGGUGUUCACCUGUUUUGAGGUUUUCAUCUAUGACUAAGUAAUAUGUGACUACAUGUUCACAAAUUGUAGGUACGAUAAUGUUGUACAUGGUAAUUAAGUGGGAUAUUGUGCAUGCAUGUAAAUAGGAGCAAAACCAGUACCAUAACUCUUCUAAUGGUAGUUUAAGUAACAGUUUUUUCCUGGAGGAAAAUUAACAAGUGGGAUGCAUAAUUCAUAUCUGUGGAGGUGUUAUGUGUAGGAGCUGUGACGUAUCACAAUGUU